GUCGUUCGUUCACAUGCUCAUAUCUCUCUCUCUAUACAGUCUCUGGUUAAAGCCUCUCUUCCUCAUACAAGCGAGGCGGCGGAGAUGGCAGGCGGCAGGUCGCCGUCCGUUCUGAACCGUGGUUUCCUUCUUCAGCGAAUUAAGUCUUGUCGCCACAAAUGUCCCACCGUCGACGACAUCGUCGAUCAUCUCCAGUCCACUUACAGGGACUACCGAGGCCUCAAGAAGUCACCCUUCACUUCAAUCGUCCAACAAACCAUCGAUUCUCAUCUCAAGAAAAACCCUAAAUCCACUCCCUCUUCUUCCACACCCAACAAAAUCAAGCGCCAAUUACAAGAAUCUGAAAACGAAGACGCCGAUUGCAGUACCUUUGGAAAGAAGCGCCAUAAGAGAGUCGAUGUAGGGGAACAGAGGUUGCAGAGUAUGGAGAAUAUGCACCUCAGGAGGAUACAACACAGGAAUCAGGAUGAUUCGUCUUCUUCUUCUUCGUCUUCUUCGUCAGAUUCUGGUAAUAGUGGCGACGGAGCGGUGUCGACGUCGGAGGAUGCUAUUUACGGUGAAAAAGUAGAGCCUGAGUUUGAUUUGAUGAAGUCGAUGCUCCGAACGUCUUAUGCGGAGUCGAAGAAAUUGAAGAAUGAGCAUUUGGAGAAGAGUAUGGAGUUGGAAGUUGCCAUAGAUAAUAAGGUUGCUGAAAAACUUGAUUUGGGGAAUGAAGGGAAUGCAAGCAAGGGGGUAUUGAGGAAGGAGAAGCAGGGUUCUCUUAAUGGGGCAGAAAUGGAGACAGGGGAAGGGAAGGAGGAAGGGCCUCGAUUUAAGGAUUUGGGAGGGAUGAAGAGUGUACUAGACGAAUUGAAGAUGGAGGUGAUUGUACCACUCUACCAUCCCCAGCUCCCACUGUGGUUGGGGGUUCGGCCGAUGGCUGGAAUUUUGCUUCAUGGACCCCCUGGUUGUGGGAAGACUAAAUUGGCUCAUGCAAUUGCCAAUGAAACUGGUGUGCCUUUUUAUAAGAUUUCCGCAACAGAGGUCGUGUCGGGUGUAUCAGGUGCAUCUGAAGAAAAUAUUAGAGAGCUCUUUUCCAAAGCCUAUAGGACUGCACCAUCAAUUGUUUUUAUUGAUGAGAUUGAUGCAAUUGCAUCAAAGAGAGAAAAUCUUCAGAGAGAAAUGGAGAGACGGAUUGUAACACAAUUAAUGACUUGCAUGGAUGGGUUCCACAAGCUUGUAGAUUCUAAUGAUGCAAGUUCAAAGAAUGAUAACUCCAAUGUUAGACCAGGCUAUGUUCUUGUAAUUGGUGCUACCAAUAGACCUGAUGCCGUUGAUCCUGCAUUAAGAAGGCCUGGUCGCUUUGAUCGUGAAAUUGUAUUAGGUAUUCCAGAUGAAAAUUCAAGGGCUGAAAUCCUCUCUGUCCUUACCAGCAACUUGAGACUUGAAGGUUCAUUUGAUCUUCUGAAAAUAGCUAGGGCAACUCCAGGGUUUGUUGGAGCUGAUUUAACAGCAUUGGCUAAUAAGGCUGGUAAUCUUGCCAUGAAGAGAAUAAUUGAUCAAAGAAAAUGCGACUUAUCUACUGAUUUCGUUGAUAAGGAACAUAUAGAAGAUUGGUGGAGGCAGCCUUGGUCGCCUGAAGAGUUGGAAAAAUUGGCAAUAACCAUGUCUGACUUUGAGGAAGCAAUUCAAAUGGUACAACCUUCACUGAGAAGAGAAGGGUUUUCUGCAAUUCCCAGUGUAAAGUGGGAGGAUGUUGGAGGCUUAGAACAACUAAGAGCAGAGUUUGAUCGCUAUGUAGUUAGACGUGUAAAGUAUCCAGAGGAUUAUGAGGGCUUUGGUGUGGAUCUAGAGACUGGAUUUUUGUUAUAUGGUCCUCCAGGAUGUGGUAAAACACUAAUCGCUAAGGCCGUUGCAAAUGAGGCUGGAGCCAACUUCAUUCACAUUAAGGGUCCAGAGUUACUAAACAAAUAUGUUGGAGAAAGUGAACUUGCAGUUCGGACAUUAUUUAGUCGGGCAAGGGCAUGCUCACCAUGCAUUCUGUUCUUUGAUGAAGUGGAUGCCUUAACAACAAAACGUGGUAAAGAAGGGGGAUGGGUUGUGGAGCGAUUAUUGAACCAGUUACUCAUAGAGUUGGAUGGAGCAGAACAACGACGAGGUGUCUUUGUUAUUGGUGCUACAAAUAGACCUGAGGUCAUGGAUCCUGCGGUACUGCGACCGGGAAGAUUUGGAAAACUUCUUUAUGUUCCUCUUCCUGGUCCAAUUGAGCGAGGGCUAGUCUUAAAAGCUCUUGGAAGGAAGAAGCCUAUUGAUGUUAGUGUAGAUCUACUUGCAAUUGGACAAAUGGAGGCUUGUGAAAAUUUUAGUGGGGCUGAUCUUGCUGCACUGAUGAAUGAAGCUGCAAUGGCUGCUUUGGAAGAAAAAUUGACAUCUGACAAAAGUAAUAUUGAAUCAGCAUCAUGUACAAUCAAUAUGAUCCAUUUUGAGCGUGGGCUAACUAAGAUUUCUCCCUCUGUGUCAGAAAAGCAAAAACAUUUUUACGAGAUUUUGGCGAAGAGCUUAAAAGCCGCUUAGUGAAGCAGGAUGGUUAAUUCAACAAUAUUCGAGAAUGGGUACAAUUGCUGGCAAUUUUCAAUUCUGCAGUUUUAACUUGGACUGAAAAGGCAGGCAUGAGAAACAUUGCUGGCUGUCGGAAAAUUUUGUUUAAUAUAAAUUUAAAUUUUGAGCAAAAAUGUAUUUUUAGUCAUUAUAGUUUUAUAGAUGAUUUAUUUAGGUCUUAACAUGGCAAAAUGGACAUUUUCACUAAUGAAAGUUUGAAAAUAGUUGGAAUUGAUCCUUGAAAUUACAUUCA